CUUUGUCACUCUCUGGGCUCUCAAGUUUACGUCGUCUAUGUGGCGGCUGUCGUGACCAACCUCGGGAUGGAGUCGUCGGCGCGGCCCUUGUUUCCUGGAACCCCAUGGAAGACUGGCGGGUCCGGUUCCUCUGAUGGCCGUGACACACCACUGUGGGAACUUCCAAAAAAGCGAAAAGACCUUGCCCGCCUGGCAUGCGACUCGUGUCGUAAGAAGAAGGUAAAAUGCGAUGCUCAGCUUCCGAAGUGUACGCUCUGUCAGACGCACAAUCGAACAUGUAACUACGCGGGCGAUCCUGGAAUCACACGAACAGAGUCUCUCAAACGCAAAAAUGAAUCAUUACAACAACGCGUGGAGGUGCUGGAGAAGUUCAUGCAAUUUCUUCGGUCUCGUCCUGAACCUGAGGUGCUUGCUAUACUGCAGCGAAUGAAGACUUCUCCUGGGAAUGUGGAUCUCAGCACGCUCAUGGACUUUGUGAGUUUCGGAGACCUCUUAGUUGGUUUGAACGGCAAUGGAAUUCCAGGCCACCAGACACCGAAAAGAUCAGGCGCAUCACCCACCUUGGCCGAAUUAGCCUCGAAAAUAUCAAAUCUGAGCGACACAGAUCAAGCGCGGUUUUUGCAAGCUACGCACGAGAAGCUUGAUACGAUGACACAUGGCUCCCCUUCACCAGCACCAGUGUCAUCUGCCACUACCCGUAGAUUUGACGCAUUGGUCGCGGACCCCAUCGUUGAAUUUGACCCCAGUGCAUAUACCGCAGUUACGACAGACAGGCGGUUGGCAUCCCAUCUUGUGUCUCUAUUUAUCACGUGGGAUCAUACUUACAGCGUGUUGAUCCCAUUUCAGCUGUUCAUACGUGAUUUAAAGAAUGGCCAGAGCUCGGCGUUCACGAACAAGUUCCUAGUCAAUAUGGUGCUGUCAUGUGCAUGUCUCCAUGCUUCCGCAGAUUCAAUGAAGAUGGGGUCCGGAAUUGACGACGCAAAUGUACUAAGCGAAUCUUUCUUUCAGGAGGCAAAGGCCCAUUGGGAUGCUGAGCUGGGGAGAUCUAGCCUCGCAAACGUUCAAGCGCUGCAUCUCAUGCAUCUGAGAUACGGGAUUCUUGGGCAGGAUAAGAUGGGAAAUCUUGUUACAAAUCAGGUCAUUGCCAUGUCUCACAACUUAAAUCUUCAUAAUGGAGCAGAACAUGUUGGGAUGUCGUUCGAAGAACGCCAAGGACGUCGAAUAAUUGCAUGGGGACUCUUCAGCAGUAACGCCACAACAUAUCUUGCGUACCUGAAGCGUUCGUCUCUACCGACCACAAAAGCUCUUCGCCCAGAUCCUGUAGCGUUGCGAAUCAGGCCUGAAGAAUGGACCCCAUAUCCAUCGAUCUCGACUCCAAUACCAGCGAAUCGGCCGACGUACUUUGAAGCCCGUUGCGACCUCGGUGUACUGACCUGCGAAGCUCUCGAAUUUAUAAGUACGCGGAACGAUGCAUUGACUAAAGAGGAUGCAAAUACAGCUAAAAGUAUAUUUGAUAAGCUGAGUUCCUGGAAAUCCAACUUAGAAGAAGGCCUAAGGCCGGAUAGCGACGCACCACCAUAUGUUUUCACAUUACAUAUGCUUUACCAUGUAGUCGAGCUGGUAUUGUCCGGUAUCUUUCGCACAGGUUCAACAUCAGAGGAUCAAAAGCAAUCUGAAUUGGUCUACCUCAAAGCAGCUACUAACUUUGGAACCCUAAUUUCUCGACACCGCCGUUCAUAUGGAUCUAAGAGAGGCUGCCCAGGGCUCCUAUACUUCGCUUGCGUCUGCCUAUCAGCCCUACUCAGCCUUGUUAUUGAGCACAAAGACCUUGCCAACCUGAUACAUGAGGUACUACUAGUUGCCGUGAACCUCUCUCACCGUGUCAAAAUUGGCAGGGGCAUGCUUCGGGUCAUGGCAGAACAAGUGGAAGCGUUUCCACCUGAAACAGUGAAACCGGAGACCUCUGCGCUGUUCAGAGACGUCAAGGUCAAUAUCUGGAAGCCGGGCGAUCACCAGUCAUACAGCAGCGCCUGGCAAGAGUUCUCAGGAGGCAUGUCAGGACUUACGAGUAAUCAAGACAUGAAGGUGCAUGAAUUAACGAGUUUAUUGGAGGCGCUUUCCGCUAAGGAAUCCGAGGGCUCCCCUCGGUGAUGCAUAAGGUGAUACCCGCUGUAGAUGUCAGAUGAUAAGGAUUGUAAAGGAGUCUAUCAUGAUCCCACGAAUAAAUACGGAGGAUUGUUGGAAACGCAUGUGCAGACCUUAAGGCGAUAGUAGCACCUCGAAACCUAAUGGACCUGAUCGCAAGCAUCUGUGACAUAAAAUGCCGGUUCAUGUUGUCUAGACGGGUGUCAUGAUCCUGUGCUUACAUUCUUGCAUGUCAGGUUUUGAAGAUUCGGAUCAUGUCAGUCAUCCGAUCAGUCUUAUGACCAGUCUAGUGUUCGGCUUCCAUGUGCAGUCUCAUAUUAUACCCGAGAUCCAUGACUUUGUAGCCGAUGGCGCUAGGUACUUGUUACUGCAGCGUUGAUCGCCAGCAAUGCGUUCUUCACAUCCAUGACC